AUUAUGUACCAAAUAAGGUUCCUUACAGUUGCACCUCAACAGGAGGGAAGUGUUAAAGAAGAACCAAUUUCAGAAAUUCAAACCAGACGGACCUGGCAGUUUGACUGGGCAUUAAAUAAACUGGAUAACUCUGUCAGAAAAACUGGCCGCAUUCCUAAAGCCCUUCUACUAAAAAUCUUCCAUGAAAUAUGCAAAACAGGGUGUCCAGGGAGUAACCAGACCUUGCUUUUGUUGCGAAGUUGUGGUGCUCUUUUACCAGAGGUGUUGUCACCUGAAAGAACGGAACUAGCCCAUAUGAUAUGGGACAAGAUGAAAGAACUGGGUGCUGUGUAUGAUACAAGCCAUUAUAAUGCUUUACUUAAAGUCUACCUUCAGAAUGAGCACAAAUUUUCUCCGACGGAAUUCUUGGCCAGAAUGGAGGAAGCUAAUGUGCAGCCCAAUCGAGUUACAUACCAAAGGUUGAUUGCUGCUUAUUGCAAUGAGGGUGACAUUGAAGGAGCAAGUAAGAUUCUUGGAUUUAUGAAGAACAAAGAUCUCCCAAUCACUGAGGCAGUAUUCAGUAGCCUUGUGAAAGGCCAUGCAAGAUCAGGAGAUAUGAAGAGUGCAGAAAAUAUCCUUUCAGUGAUGAGGAUGGCCGGUGUUGAACCAGGUCCAGAAACCUAUUUAUCACUGCUGAAUAUGUAUGCUGAAAAGGGUGAUGCUGAUAGCAUCAAAAAGACUCUAGAAGAGGUUGAGAAGACUGAAGGGUACCUUAUGGACAGGAUUUUGAUGCAGGUGAUUUUUAGCCUUGCCAAGGCUGGAUAUCCUCAGUACAUCGAAGAUAUUAAAGACCACAUAAGAUUUGAAAGGGAAUUAAUUCCAGAUGCAAUGAACCUGUGUUUGACUCUGAUAACUCAUGGCUUCGAAGAUAUAAGUUUCCAUAUUUUGAAGUCUCUUACUCAUUUAUCACGUGAUAAUAUGGACCAGGGUAGUUUCUUCUUGCAACAUUGUGUAAAUAGAGAUACGCCCUUUAACAAGCUGAAGCAGUUUUGUAGUGAGUUAAAAGAAGCCAAAAUGCACUCGGCACCAUUACCGUUUAUUUUGCGUUGUGCUUUGGAGGCCAACAAAUCAGCCUUGGCCAUUGAUGUGAUGAAGAUGAUGAAAGAGGAAGGCUUGCCACUCAGACCUCACUAUUCCUGGCCGCUGCUAGUUGGGUUCCAGAAAGAGAAGAAUCUUAAAGGUAUCUUUGAGGUCCUCAAAGUGAUGCAUGAGUUGGGGGUGGAACUUGAUACAGAAACAUACACAGACUAUGUUUUUAAAAACUUUGCUGAUAGUGAAACUGCUCGUGCCCAGCUGGAGAAAAAUGACUGCCUGUUUGAAACUGUUGGACUCUCUAUAGCAGAAAUAAGAUACGAAGCAGCACAUGGAAGACUGAACAAUGUUCUUUCUCUAUUGUCUUCAGCAAGGACACCUCCUAUUGAUAUGCGUCAGUUUAGGAACAGCCUCAUUUUGGGUUUUAAAAG